AUGACAGAGAAAAGAUCGGUCGCGAUUAUUGGAGCCGGAAUCUUUGGCAUUUCGCUGGCCGUCGCUCUCCGCGAGAGGAAUUAUAAAGUCACCGUCUUCGAACGAAACCGCUAUGAUCCAAAUGGAUAUAGUCCGGAGGCUGAUGCACAAGCCGCGUCGGUGGAUCUGAACAAGAUCUUUCGCGCAUCGUACGGCACGGAGCUUCAUUAUCAGCGUCUUGCCAUGGAGAGUCGAGAGGCUUGGUUAGCAGAGGAUGAGAAGCGCAUAUCGAGCCAGACGGAUGACCGGAAUGAGAGGAAACUCUUUGUGAACAGCGGCAUGCUGCGGGUUCAACCGACACGGGAAAUGGAGGCUCUAGAAAAAGAAACGUUGGAAAAUAUGGAACGCGACGGACUGCAACACACGCAGUUUGUGAAGAGUAAUCCCGAGGACCAACAACGUGCCGAUAGCUUGGGAUGGAAGGCCAAGCUACUCGAUUUUGAGAUACCGCAAAUCUUUCCGCCCGAUUCUUACGAAGCAGUAUUGGACUCACUAGCCGGUUUUGUACGAUGCAGCAAUGCCUGUGCGCACUAUCAAGAAGUUGCAGCUGCCCAGGGAGUCAAGUUUUACUUCGGACAGCUGGGUGCGGUGGAAUCGCUGGUGAAAGUUCAAAGCACCACCGAGAGCGGCAAAGAAAAGGUGACUGGACUGAAAACAAAAGACGGUGUUAUUCAUAGUGCAGACACAGUGAUAGUUGCGGCUGGGUCCUUUUCCACGCAAGUCCUUCCCAUCUUGAGCAGCCACCUCGAAUCAUCGUCUGGCAGUUUAGCAACCUUCAAGAUUGACCCGAGUGAUACGAAGCUGUGGGAAAAAUACUCACCGGAAAACUUCCCUGUGAUUACAUGGAAGACUGCACCCAGAGACGGUGCUGGCAAGGAUACCGGCAGCAUUUACGUUUUGCCUCGUACCCCGGAAGGCUUCGUGAAGAUUGGAUUUCGAGGCAUCAAGUUUACCAAUUUCCAACCAGCUCCGGAAGGAACUCCAUUCACCCAGGACGGUCAGUGGUCAGUGCCUUUGUCUUCAGAGGCGAGCAAGUCAAUACCACAGCGGGCUGUCGAAGCUAUCAAAGAUUUUGUCUCGAUUUUCCUUCCGGAGUUCAAGGACGUUCCGUUUCAUUCCACGAAGCUUUGUUGGUAUACGGACUCAUUAGACAAUAGUUUUCUAAUUGAUUACGUUCCGAAUUACGCAGAAGGCUCCGUCUUUGUCUGCACAGGGGGCAGUGGACAUGGUGCCAAAUUCUUGCCGGUUCUUGGAGAACAUGCUGCGGACAUUCUCGAGAAUGGAGAUUCGAGCUCCUCAUACAUGCGGCCAUUUUGGAGAUGGCGACCCGAAGAACCUAGAAAGAAUGGCUUGGAAGAGGGUCCCGCUGGAUCGCGAAACAUUUCCGCUUCUUUCUCUUAA